AUGUCCUCUGCUCAUGAUGCCACCACCAAGAUCUCCAUCGACAAGUUCGACGGCGACAACUACGCGACGUGGAGCCGCUACAUGCGUGGCGUGUUCCUGACCAAGUCGGCGUGGCACGUGGUGAACCGGGAGACCACCCCCACCUUCGCCGAUCCUCGCGCCAGUGACGACUACAUCAAGACGAACAACAUUGCGUUCGGCUUGAUGCUGCUGCACAUGAGCGCGGAUUAUCAUCACGUGGUUGAUGACUGUGAAGAGGCGUGGGUCGCGUGGGCGCGUUUGAAGACGCUGUACGGCGGGUCGCAGAAGGCUGGACGCAUCUACUUGAAGCGCCAGCUGUUCAGCAUGGAGAUGGCGGAAGGCGGCAAUGUGAUGCAUCAUUGCAACGAAGUCCUCAACAUCAGCGCGAAGCUCAGCAGCAUCGGCGCCAAGAUGGAGGACGAGGACGUGGCGAUCUGCUUGUUGCGCAGCCUCCCCAAGAGCUACGAGAACUUCGUUCUCAACUUGGAGAUGAGCAGCGCGGAACUGCGAUCGCGAGACGUCGUGAGAGUGCUCACGAAUGAGCACAUCAAGAGACAAGGUGACAAGACGACAUCGGUGAAGACUGAAGACGCGGCGAAGGCGUUCAGUGCCGAGCGUGAACCUCGCCAGUGUACAUACUGCGGAAAAUUGGGGCACACGGCGGAGCGGUGCUGGACCAAGCAGAAGGACGAAAAUCAAGGUGGAGCUCGACGCGGCGGCAACAAUGCUCGUGGACGCGGAGCCAACAACGUUCAGUGGCGAACCAACAGCAACUACGAUGACAACUACGAUCGAGUUGCGUUCGCGGUUUCGCUGGAGGCUGGACUUUCGACGGGCAAGAAUAUGCCAGGGAUGUGGGCAGUCGACAGCGGUGCGACGCAUCACAUCUGCAACGACAAGGCCAAGUUUGCAAGCCUGAAUGAGCGAGAGGAAGGCGAACUAUCAGUGGCUGAUGGCAGCAAGGCUGCGAUCAAGGGUGUGGGAACCAUCAUGGAACGGGUGGUUCUGCCCAAUGGUGACGAACUCGACAUCGAGAUCAAGGACGCACUGUUCGUACCAAGUAUGAGCAAGAAUCUGCUUUCGGUGCCACAGAUCAACAAGGGUGGCAGGUUCCAAGUCGUGUUCGAUGGAUCCAAGAUGCAAGUGAAGCGCAAGAAUUCCACACAAGUCGUGGCAACAGCGGAUCUCGUCGAUGGACUUUACUGGCUGCGGACUCCUCAACGAUCGGCAAAUGCAGCAACACGCAAUGGGACCAUCGACUUGCAUGCGCGCAUGGGUCAUGCACCCCUCGAAGUUCUGCGCAAGAUGGUGGCCACUGGCAUGAUCAAGGACGCCAAGGCACCUCUCAACUCGACUGGUCCAAAUGUGUGUCGCGGUUGCCAGCAAGGAAAGAUGGUUCAAAAACCAUUCCCAACCAACCGUGACAAACGCCAAUAUGGUGUGUUCGAGUUGCUGCACUUCGACAUCUGCGGGCCAAUGGAACAAGUCUCGAUCGGCGGCAGCAGAUACUUACUGCUUGUGGUUGACGAAGCUAGCGGUUGCAUGAAGGGCUUCUGUCUGCGGUCCAAGUCUGAGAGUGAAGACUGUAUCAAGAACCACAUCAUCAAGAUUCAAACACAGUUCGGCACGAAGAUCAAGUUUGUUCGGCACGAUGGAGCGCAUGAAUUUGCGACCAACUCGAUCAAGACCUUCUACGAAGAUCAUGGUAUUGAACAACAGAUCACGGUGCCGUAUGCACACCAGACCAACGGCACCGCAGAACGCGCGAUGAGGACCAUCGUCACGAUCGGACGCAGCUUGUUGCAUCAUGCAAAGCUGGAGAAGUGUUUCUGGGCUGAAGCGGCAAUGACGGCGAUCUACAUCAAGAACCGCCUGCCUUCACCCAAGAUCGACCACAAGACUCCGUUCGAAAUCGUGUACAAGUCGAAACCAAGUGUCAAGCACAUGCGCGUGUUUGGAUGUCGGGCGUUUAUCCUGACACCAAGGGAGAAGCGAUUGAAGUGGGACCCGAAGGCUUGUGAAGGGAUGUUCAUGGGCUACGAAGAAGCGUCAAAAGCUUAUCGAGUGUACGACAUUGAGGCGGGCCAAGUGGUGAUCAGUCGUGAAAUCACCUUCGACGAAUCGACUUUUGACUUUUCGAUGGACCGACCAAGUGACGAUGAUGAAGAUGCGGAGUUGGACCUCGACCUCCUGGCGAGGUUAUCAACGAGGACGACGUGCGUCAAACCGUCUACAAGCAGACUGGCAAGCGCAAGAGUGAAGCAAGACCCGGCAUGUCACGGUCAGCUCGCCCUCGAACUGGGUUGGAACAAGCAAGUGCGCCGGAACACGUCUCCAACCGUCACCAGAAACGACGAUCAAGUGCUCCAGAAACGAUGUCUGAUGACGAAGAAGAUGCAAGCGUUGGAAGCAACGGACCUAGCAGAACCUGUGACUUUUCAAGACGCGAUCAAUGGUCCUGAUCAAACUCACUGGCGAAAUGCUGUGAAGGCGGAACUCAAGUCGAUGCAUCUUCGUGGAGUUUUCCGUGCGGCAAAACUGCCAAGAGGCCAAGGCGCGAUCGGCACCAAGUGGGUGUUCAAGAUCAAGCGCAAAGCGGAUGGAUCGGUCGAGAAAUACAAGGCGCGUCUCGUUGCCAAGGGCUUCAAGCAGAAGUACGGCAUCGACUACACAGAGACGUUCUCGCCCGUGGUCAAGUACGUGACACUGCGUAUGGUGAUCGCGAUCACCAAGUAUUUCGACUGGCCACUGGACCAACUCGAUGUGGUGACAGCCUUUCUCUACGGAGUGAUGAAGGAGAAGGUGUACUGCGUGAUACCAGAAGGCGUCGAGAUGGAUGGCGACUUCGACUGUCUCGAGUUGGUGAAGGCGAUCUACGGUCUCAAGCAAGCUUCACGUGUGUGGGAACGAGACUUUCGACGAGUUGUCGACGGUCACUGUGUGCUCGUGCUGGUCUACGUGGAUGACGUGUUGGUCACCGGCAGCUCGCUCGAGUUGAUUGCGCAGACGAAGGCCGACCUCAAGACGCGUUUCGAGAUGACCGACAGUGGCAAGUGUACUUUUGUACUGGGCAUCGAACUGGUGGACGAAUCGGAUGGCAGCGUGACGAUGUGCCAGCGACGGUAUGUCAACGACAUCCUCAAGCGCUUCGGCAUGGAUGAGUGCAAGGCCACAGCAAGUCCGGUCGACUUGAGCACUCGGCUUGUCGCAAGCACCGAAGCGGCCAAGAUCGACGUUCCGUUUCGUGAAGCUGUGGGAGCUUUGAUGCACUUGACGACUGCGACGCGCCCGGACAUUGCGUAUGCUGUGGGGUACGUCUCGCGCUUCAUGGAGAAUCCGCAGCAAGAACAUUGGACGGCGGUGAAGCGCAUCUUUCGUUACUUGCAAGGGACCAAGUCGCACGGACUCCGCUUCCAGCCAAGCGACAAGAUCGACUUUCGUGGCUACUCGGACGCGGACUGGGCCGGCGACCACGCUGAUCGCAAGUCGACUUCGGGUUACACUUUCAUGCUGAUGGGUGCUCCUGUGAGUUGGGGAAGCAAGAAGCAGUCAAGUGUGUCGCUGUCGACGAGUGAAGCGGAAUACAUCGCACUGAGUCUGGCCAUCCAGGAAGGCAAGUGGGUGCAUCGCCUGCUAUGCGAGAUUUUGGCGGCCGCAAACGAACCAGGACCGGACCUCGUCAUCCGUGAAGACAACCAGUCGUGCAUCAAGAUGACGAAGAAUCCGGUGAAUCAUGGCCGCGCCAAGCACAUCGACAUCAAGUACCAUCACAUCCGUGAUGAGGUCAAGCGCGGGGAAGUGCAGCUCGAGCAUUGCGAGACUUCCGUGAUGAUGGCGGACAUCAUGACCAAGGGACUUUCGGGACCUCGUCACAAGGACUUGACGACGGCUCUCGGCAUUCGUGCGAGUUCGGAUUGA